AGAAGAAGUGACUCCUUUCGUGUGCAUUCAUAAAGUGUGCAGUUGUAUAAGUAGUCGGUGUGUUUGCACGGACACGUGUUUUUUUUUUUAAAUAUUUUAUAAUAUUGCAUUUUUGGCAUUAAAAUGUUUGCAGCCAGAGGAGUGUUGCGCUUUGCACAGAGGCUGGCCGGUGUUAGUGUGUCGCGGCGGGGAUGUGCCGGUGCUGUUCCCGUGGACGACAUUGUAAACGGACUCACAGACGAGCAGAUUCAGCUCAGACAGACGGUUCAGCGGUUCUGUCAGGAAAAGCUUGCUCCCUAUGCUGACGAAAUAGACAAAGCAAAUGAUUUUCCACGUAUGAGAGACUUUUGGAAAGAGGCAGGUGAACUUGGAUUGCUUGGGAUCACAGCUCCAGUGGAGUAUGGUGGCACAGGACUGGGCUAUCUUGAUCAUGUAAUUGUGAUGGAGGAGAUAUCACGGGUGUCAGGAGCUGUAGCGCUCAGCUAUGGUGCGCAUUCCAACCUCUGUGUCAAUCAGCUUGUGCGCCAUGGCAACCAGAAACAGAAAGAGAAGUACCUCCCGAAGUUGAUUUCGGGAGAACAUGUAGGUGCCCUGGCCAUGAGUGAGCCCAACUCUGGCUCUGAUGUAGUAUCCAUGAAACUGAAAGCAAAGAAAGAGGGUGACCACUAUGUGUUGAACGGUAAUAAGUUCUGGAUUACGAAUGGACCUGAUGCAGACGUUCUGGUUGUUUAUGCGAAGACAGACAUAGAUGCAGCUGCACGUGGAAUCUCCGCGUUUAUUGUAGAAAAGGGAAUGCCUGGUUUCAGUACUGCACAGAAGCUGGAUAAGCUGGGAAUGAGAGGCUCCAACACGUGUGAGCUCAUCUUUGAAGACUGCAAGGUUCCAGAGAAGAACAUGUUGGGACCAUUGAACAAAGGAGUGUACGUACUGAUGAGUGGACUCGACCUGGAGAGGCUUGUGCUCUCAGCUGGGCCUAUUGGCAUCAUGCAAGCCGUGCUUGACCACGCUAUUCCUUACCUGCAUGUCCGAGAAGCAUUUGGGCAGAAGAUCGGCCACUUCCAGCUGAUGCAAGGAAAGAUGGCUGACAUGUACACCCGACUUAGUUCGUGUCGGCAGUACGUGUAUAAUGUGGCUCGAGCGUGCGACAAAGGCCACUUCAGUGCCAUGGACUGUGCUGGGGUAAUCCUUUAUUGUGCUGAGAACGCGACUCAGGUUGCCUUGGACGGGAUUCAGUGCCUGGGUGGAAACGGUUACAUUAAUGAUUACCCAAUGGGCCGCUUCCUGCGAGACGCUAAACUCUAUGAGAUCGGCGCAGGCACCAGCGAAGUCCGAAGGAUGGUUAUUGGUAGGACCUUCAACGCCAUGUUCAAAUAAGAUUGCAGCUGAACCGGAAGUUAUCACCGGGGAUCUGCUGGAUGCCUUUCCCAGAUUUCUAUUAUAUUACAAUAUGCACAGAUUAAGCAAGGAGAUAUACUUGUCAGAUGAAUGCUUUAGAUGGUGCUGUACAACAGAACAAAUUGUACGAUCAUGAAGACUUAUAUGCAUCUACAUUUAAUUCCAGUAGGGGAAACUUGAUGGGCAAUUUAGUAAUCUCUGUCUUCACAUAGGUAUGUGUUACAAGCCUAGCAAAGCUAAAUGCAUUGCUGGACCAUUCUAAAUGAAUAUUACUGAAAAACUGUAUUCUGUAAAACAGACCGAUCACACUCACAAGACAAUGUUUGUUCAUGUAAUUUAGACAAAAACACUAACGAAAAUCUGUUUUUUUUUGUCUCUAUACAUUGUGUGAUUCUAUAGUAUAUAGGGAACUGUGUAUAAAAGGAAUGGAUUUACAGUGGUGUCUUUUCAAUAUAAUCGUCAGUUGCGAAGUAUUUUGUAUGUCAUAGUGUCUUUAAUAACAGCCUUAAUGAAAUCCUGUUAGAUGCUUUGUUUUAAGCCAUAAAGGCUGCUAUUUUGUGGUAGAUAGGGGUUCAUUGAAAUGUGUUCUCAGAGCAUAAAGUAUAAAGCAUUGAACACAAUUCAAAAACUAUGACUCACUUUGUUGUAUAAUUAGUUUGAAUGGUCUUUUCAGUUUUUACAAAUGUUAGAUCCCAUUUUUCUUUCUACUUUAAGGUCCUUUUUCUUAUGAUGCAACAGUAUCUGUCCGGCCAUUUAAAAGAAAUGGUCACUUUUCACAUUUCCAUAAAUUUAUUAUUAUGGAUGAUGGCAAUAUUAUUUAUUCAUAUGUAUAUACACAUUUGUAUAUGCUCUCAGAACAGCCCCAGUUCUUUGUGGUAUGGAAAUGUGUUGCCUCUAAGAUACUGGAAGUGUUUCUCUAAGAUUCUGGUCCAUGUUGUCAGGAUUGCAUCACCUAAUUGUUGCAGAUUGGUGAAUCACCCUUUCUACCACAUCCCAGAGGUGCUAUUGGAUUCAAAUCGGGUAACUAGGGAGGCCAUUGAAGUACACUGAACUCGUUGUCAUGUUCAUGGAACCAAUUUGAGACAAAUUGUGCUUUGUGACAGUCAUCAUGCUGGAAGUAGUAUUUAUAAAAUGGGUAAAUUGUGGCCGUAAAGGGAUGCAUGUGGUCAGCAACAAUACUCAGAUACUCAGGCUGUGGCAUUCAAACAAUGCUUAAUUGGUAUUAAGAGGCUGAAUAUGUGCGAAGAAAACAUUCCCCACACCAUUACACCACCACCACCACCAGCAGCCUGAGCUGUUGAUGCAAUGCAUGUUGAGUUCAUGCUAUGGAUGCCAAAAUCUGACCCUAAUUUCUGCAUAUUGCAGGAGAAAUCAAGAUUCAUCAGACCUGGCAACAUUUUUUCAAUAUUGAGCUUUCCUGUUUCGGGUUACCUUGUGCCCACUGUUUCCUAUUCUUUCCUGACAGGAGUGGAACCUGAUGUGGUCUUUCGGUGUUAUAACCCAUACACCAUGAGGUUCCAUGCAUUGUUCAUUUAGAGAUUAUUUUCUGCUCACCACAGUUGUAAAGGAUGGUUAUUUGAGUUGCAGUAGCCACCUGUCAGCUCAUACUAGUCUGGCCAUUCUCCUAUGACCAUUCUCAACAAGGACUGCAACUCACUGGAUGUUUUUUUUUUCUUUCGCACAACUUAGACUGUUGUGUGAAAGUCGCAGGAGAUCAGCACUUUUGGAAAUAAUCAAACCAGCCUGCCUGGCACCAAUAACCAUGUCACUGAGAUCACAUUAUUUUGCCACUCUGAUGUUUGAUGUGAACAUUAACUGAAGCUCUUGACCUGUAUCUGCAUUGUGCUGCUACCACGCGACUGGCAGAUGGCAGUGGGUUUGGAAAGUAUUCAGACCCCUUUAGUUUUUGCACAUUUUAUUGUGUUAUAAAUUAAAAAUUUUAUUUUAAAUAAAAAUUAGAUUAAGUGUAUUUUUUGUUUAUCGGUCUACAAAGCUUCUACAAUGUACUGAAUAAAGGGUCUGAAUGCUUAUCUAUACUAGGUUUCAGUUGUUGAUUUUUAAUCAAUAAUACUAAAAAUUGUUUUGUCAUUA